AUGGCACACAAGUACACUAACAAGCUCGAGGGCAAGUCAGUUCUUAUCGUUGGCGGAACUUCAGGCAUUGGCUUCGCAGUUGCUGAGGCUAGCGUCGAAUUUGGCGCCAACGUCGUUGUCGCGAGCCGAAGUCAGGAGAGAGUCGACAAAACCAUCAAGCGCCUCAUGGAAUCGUACCCCGACGCCAAGGGUCGCAUUCGCGGCCAUGUCGUCAACCUUCACGGCGAUGAGUCCGAGACCAGCAUCAAGAGGCUCUUUGAUUUUGCCACCAAUGAAAACCAAGACAAGAUUGACCACGUUGUCGAGACGGCUGGUGAAGCCCCUGAUGCCUCGCUCACGCUGCAAGACGCGACUCCCCAGCGCAUAACGGAGGCCAGCAGCUCUCGCUUCCCUGGCGUUGUAGUCCUUGCCAAGGUAGCCUCCAAGUAUCUCAAGAAAGAAUACACGUCCUCGUUUACCAUCACCGGCGGCGCAGCCACGUACAAGCCCUCGCAGGGCUGGGCCGUGCUGGCGGCUAUUGGCGGGGCCAAAGAUGCGCUGGCGAGAGGGCUUGCGGUCGACAUGGCGCCCGUGAGAGUCAAUCUCGUCUCGCCCGGGGCAACGCAGACGGAGCUCAUGGCGUUUGCCUUUGAUAACUUGAAUUUUGGGGAUCUCAAGGCCGAUCCCGAGGUCGUGCGGGACAUGUUCAGAAGCACGUCGUUGCUGAACAGGAUCGGGGACCCGGAGGACUUGGCUGAGACCUACCUGUCACUGAUGAGGAACUACUUCGUAACUGGAACAACGCUCCAUGUUGAUGGUGGCAAGUUGUUGAAGUAA